GUUGUGCUCGCUUGUGCUCUCCCUGCUCUCUGACCCCAGUGGCAACUCCCAUUCACUGCACUCAGGCUCCUUCUGUGGGAGGCUGCUCCCUUAGCUUUCUCUCCCCUCCCGCUUGUCUGUCAGUGUCUCUCGUCCGCCUCCUCGCUGUCUUGUCUGGUUUCUUUGCACAGAAGCCAGCCGAGGUCCCACCGGGUCGAAGGUUCUGCCCUACCUGCGCCUUCUUUGCUCUUACACCGCCUGCUCUUCUUGUGCUGCCGCAUGGACCCUCGUCUCCCCGCCGCGUAGGGAGCGACCCCGACCUGGCUCUCUUCCUCCGGCUUGACACAAAAAUCGCACGACAAAGACUCCAGUGUGCUGGGUCGGUCAGCCGGGUCUGUGCUGUCGCUGCUUCUGUGGGUGACUUCCUGGGCUUUUCAAAGCCGGUCUGAAGGAUGUCCGCUGUACGGAUCGCUGCUGAAUUCCGGUAAACGAACGGCGUCUCAUGUCCAAACGGCGGAAGGAUGGCUCAUGGCAAAGUGACCAUCACGGUGGAUGAGUACAGCUCCAACCCGACACAGGCCUUCACACAUUACAACAUCAACCAGAGCCGCUUCCAACCUCCACACGUCCACAUGGUGGAUCCAAUUCCCUACGACACUCCCAAGCCGGCCGGCCACACCAGAUUUGUGUGCGUAUCGGACACACACUCGCGGACAGACGGCAUCCAGAUGCCUUACGGUGAUGUGCUGCUGCACAUGGGGGACUUCACUGAGCUAGGCCUUCCCUCUGAGGUUAAGAAGUUCAACGACUGGCUAGGUGGUCUCCCUUAUGAGUUCAAGGUGGUAAUUGCCGGAAACCACGAGCUGACCUUCGAUAAGGACUUUAUGGCUGAGCUGGUCAAGCAGGAUUACUACCGUUUCCCCUCAGUCUCCAAACUCAAGCCAGAGGACUUUGAUAAUGUCCAGUCGCUCCUCACAAACUGUGUCUAUCUGCAAGACUCGGACGUCACCAUAAAGGGAUUCCGGAUAUACGGCGCACCAUGGACUCCAUGGUUUAACGGCUGGGGUUUCAAUCUGCCUCGGGGUCAGUCUCUGCUGGAUAAAUGGAACCUCGUCCCAGAGGGCAUCGACAUCUUGAUGACCCACGGUCCUCCGCUGGGUUUCAGAGACUGGGUUCCUAAAGAGCUUCAGAGGGUUGGUUGUGUGGAGCUGCUCAACACGGUGCAGAAGAGGGUACGACCCAAACUCCAUGCGUUCGGAGGCAUACAUGAAGGCUACGGCAUCAUGACAGACGGUUACACAACGUUCAUCAACGCAUCCACUUGCACCGUCAGCUUCCAGCCGACCAAUCCCCCUAUCGUGUUCGACCUACCCAACCCUUCCAGCUCCUGAGACCAAAGGAAACGGAAACGGGCGCGGGUCGGUGGGUGGGAGUGUUUGGGAUUAACUACAGUUUUUUUACUACAAAUAUGUAAAUUUAAAAACAAAGGAAAAAAAUAAUGUUUCCUUUUUGGCCUCUCCAAUGUAUUGAGAAUAUUUGGAGAAGUGACGGGAAGGACUCGGGGAUACAGUAUGUAUACUUGUCUGUGGAUUAAAGGAGAAUAUCGCUGAGUGUUUUUUUAACACAAUCAUGGAUAUUUUGUCCAUUAUGAACAAUUUUUUUUUUUUCCUGCAAAAUUCACUUUUUAUGUCAACGCUGCAGAUUGACAUUUUAAUCACUUAACACAGGGAGGAACAACACUCUUUAUUUGUACACGAUAAAGUUAUGCAGACAAUAGAAUAUUUAGUGAAGCGGAUGUACACAGGAACUACGGAGGGGUAGACACCGGUAUUCUCCUUUUUUUCAGCGGGGGGGGUUUGUGAUUAAACAAUCUUGCUCUUGAUAAAUAACGGUCAGAUCUGUAAGAUAAACAACGCUUGGUGAAUUUGUACAAUUUCUUUAUGUUUGUUUUUUUUCUUUGACCUGACAAUGGAUGCCAUUUGUGUUGUUAUCAUUUAUUAGGUGUUAGGUCGGUUUUAUUUUAGUUUUUCCUCAUUUUGUUAUUGGCUGACAGGGACGCUGCCUUAAACUAGCUUUAAUGUUGUCAGCUACGAGCCCCACUCUCUGCCAGUUCAGAGAAAAAAGUCCUUAUUUAUUGUCCAUCAUCCCCGCAAAAAACAUGUGACUGACGCAGGGAGUGAAAGCUAUUAUGAAUUCCAGCCCAAACAUUUACUUUGUAUUCCAUCCCGUUUAAUGACUCCUGAUCUAAUUUGGAAAGUGUAUGUAUAAAAAAUAUAUAUAUAUUAUAUAUUCAUGUUGUAAAACUUCUGUACUUAAACUUGUGUUUGAUGACAAAAAGGGUGUAUUUGUCUUUCUCUAUGCACCCGUAUGAUUGAUCUUAAUUGUUCUUGGAAAAAAUGUCCCAUUUUUUUUGUAUGGACUCUCCCAUUAGGGUACAUCUUGGAUGAGAGCGCAACAUGAAACAUUUCAGUCACAAUCCAUCAGGCGAUGUUCCCCCCCCCCAUUCACACCCCCAGCAACACGCCUGCCUAAACAUGCUUAAGUUGUCCUUUCAAGUGUAAAUCUGAUAGUUUUGUGUUUUAUUGCUUUUCUUUAUUCUUAUUUUGCACUGUGUGUAAACGCAAUCUUGCUAGCACAAAAAAAAAAAUGUUGCCAAUUGUAGUUUGGACUUUGCUGCUGUAAAUGCUCUUUUCGUGCUCUCUUCCUCUCUUUCGCUCUUUUUCUCUGAUUGUAUCCCUCCUUCAUGGAAAAUGUUAGUUCUCUCUUUUCAGUUCAUUGUGAUAUAUUUAG